AGUAUGAUUGUAUGACAGAAUCUUGUGAAGGCAAAACACACUCCCAAAUGUUAAUGCCCUAACCCUUAUAUUUACAGGCACCAUGCCUUUCCAGUUAAGCCAACUGCUUCAGUCCAGUCAUUCUGCUCAUCUGCCAGCACACUGAUUACUCUGAACCAUUGCUGCCAAACUGCUACUGCUGCUACUGAUAAAUACUUGUGCAGCUCUGGUGAUUCCUCUGUUGGUGAUUCUUCGGCCGGUGUGAGAUGACGAAGAAGAGUUGUUAUGGCCAUGGGGGUGCUGCUUGUGAUCCUCACCGUGAUCAGUGUAAGCCCGCAGGAGAAGCAAAUCAAGCAAUGAAACAUCAACAGAGCAGCAGCUCAGCCCCCGAAGCUCCUGCAAAGAAGACAUGGAAGAGGUAUUUGGCAUUCCUGUCAAAGUUUCAGAGGAAGAUGAAGCACAAGAAGGCACCAAAUGGAUUCAAGCAAAGGAACCCAAAGCGCUCCUCCAGACCAAUGCUCGAAGAAUGCAGCAACCUGGUUCGCGUAGUCCGGCGCACGGCGGCGGGCUGCUUCGCAGCGGCGACGGCGGCAGGAGGAGGAGGGCUUGAGGAGGAGCUGCCAUCUUACAUGCAGCUUGACCAGGUGACCUAUGAGGUAAAGAGGGAAGCCUUUGGCCCGAUCUACCUGGUCACGUAGGAAGUUUCAGUGUCAAGUGCCUGUGCUACCUUGUUCAGCUGUCAAGGCAAUCUUCUUGGUUGCCAACCAUAAGGCAUUCCUUUGUCAAUGCUUGUUCCACCGUUGUUUUCCGUUUGGUUCCAGAUCAAGUGAUUCCUGCCCAGGGAGGCACGACAAAAAAAAAAGUGAUUCCUGUCGUGCAUACAG